AUGGCGUUGUCGAAACUCACGCUGGAGUUGUACUCCCUCUUUGACUCGGAGCAGUACGACAAGUGCAAGCAGCUCCUCCCCCCCAUCCAGGUGGAAUUGAUCAAAAACAAUCUCUUCACGCCGACCGCCGCCGCCACCGCCACCGCCGACGGCAUCAACGAUCUCACCAUUUCCCAACGGAUCUUUGAAAUUGGCGCCCUCCUGCUGUUGCUCGCCCACGACUACCCCAAUUUCGAGAACUUCUUCGCCCAAUUACGUCCGUUCUACGCCGACAGCAAAUUACACCCUAACCGCGAGAUCGACACCGAUACCACCAAGAAUAUCCUGUUGUACUUGUUGUAUCUUUUGCUGCAAGGGUGGACGCUGAAGUUCCACGUUGAACUCGAAGUAUUAUACAAUCUGGACCGCUACGACGUCGACCACGACCGCUACCUCCAGUUCCCCAUUGCCCUUGAACGUCACCUUAUGGAGGGCAACUACAUUAAGAUCUGGAAGUUGCUUAAACUGGAAAAUGAAGUGCCCUGUAAGGAAUACACCCAUUUCAUUGAUACUUUGACCCACGCGCUUAGGCUUGAGAUCUCGAAGCUGAUUGAGAAGACCUACGACACCAUCCCCAUCAACAACUGCAAAAACAUGUUAUACUUCCCUCAGGAGAUGUCCGACGCUCAGUUUGAGCUGGUUGUUCGUGAGGAAUUGGGCCACACCUGGCGGUUUGACGGGGCCAAUAUUAUCAUUGAUAGAGACACCACCGCCACCACUGGCCCUGAACUGGAGCUGAUUAUCAAUAACGUGUUGAACUACGCCGACCAAAUCGAGUCGAUUGUCUAA